AUGGGAGAUAAGAUAACAGACGCGUCAGUAGUCAGUUACUUGCAGGCGAUGGACAACUUCGGGUACCGCGAGAUGGGGUGGCCUUCUCCCCAGCAUACGCCCACGCAAACUACGCCCAUGAGGGCUGGAUUCCGAGGUAGCAGCGUCAGAUCGCGAGCACCCAGAGAACCCGAGGAAUUUCCAUUAAAUACCAACUACAAACAUGUCAGAAACAUCGACCUCUUGGAGUCAGCUCGAGAACCGUGGAAAGCGAAAGAGUAUCUCUUCGUUGGACCCUCACCACCAGCUGAAGAUGCUCCUAACAUGUACCAUAGUUUUGAUGUCCUCGCUCCAGAUCCUGAGGCCAGGUUGACAGAAGAAGCGGCCCGAAGAAGCCUGUGUGAGAAAGCGUUGACACUUGGAGCUGCAAGAUUUUUCGAUGAUGUUGAGUGCGGUUUAAUAACAACGGAUAACAUCCAGGAACAUAUCUGUUCUGCUCCUGAAGUGGUUGUGAACAUGACGUUAUUGUGGGCUGCGUUACUUGCCAGGGAUGAACUAUUGCCAGCUAUUUUGGAAGCAGGAGCUGACAUUCACUACUCAGAACCAGAAGGUUUGACUGCUUUACAUCUUGCAGCAUUCAGUGGUGCAGGAAGAGCUGCCAUCUUCCUUCUCUCUCGUGGUGCUGAUGUUGACUUUGCGCCGAAAUAUUUCGCACCCCUACACUGCGCUGCGUUUGGUAAUUCUUUAGAAGUGGCUGAAAUUCUGAUUGCUAAUGGUGCUUCAUUACACGCUGUCGUGCAAAGGGCAGGAUGUGAGGAUAAUCUAGUGCAUUGUGCAGUUCGAGCUGAUGCUGUUGAGUGUAUGGAACUGUUUAUCGAGAGAGGUGUGGACCCAGCGUAUGUUACCUCAGGUGGAUUGAAUGCCUUACAUCUAGCCGCUGAACUUGGCGCACAAAGAUGUCUAUCGUAUUUACUAAAAGAGACAAAGAUAAGUGUAAACGGUGUAACUAAACAAAGAGAUAAGGAAUGUACAGCUAUACAUCUAGCAGCGGCGAGAGGGUAUGCUGAAUGUCUAGAGCUAUUGUUAUCAGAGGGCGCAAAAGCAAAUACGAAGAAUUACAGGGGUUUUACCGCACUGCAUCUUGCAGCUAGAUGCUCGAGCAUCGAAUGUGUUGAAGUGCUUCUUAGAGAUGGAAAUGCUGACCCUAACGUUGAAGACUACGACAAACGCACACCACUUCAUGCAGCAAUUGGAAGAUCGGAGCGUGCCUGUGACAUCAUCGAUAUGCUUGUAAGUUGGGGAGCUCAAGUCAACAAAAAGGAUGAGUAUGGAUAUUCACCAUUGCAUUUAGCCGCUAUGGAUAAUUUGACUCAAUGCGUUGAGACGCUCAUAUUCCUCGGAGCUGAUGUAACUUCAAAAUCUAAGAAAGGACACACAGCUUUGAGUGUAAUUGCUAGGAAAACUCCAAAAUCAUUAGCGAUAUUACGACAUAAUCUUGAUUGUGGCAUUUCAUUAAAUCAACCGAGUGAAUCUAAUGAAGAAGUUCAAAUUGAAUUUGAUUUCGGUAGAAUGUUGAAAUUUUCUUAUCCGCGUGAGAUCACAUAUUUAAACAGUUUGAUAGAUGAAGGCCAAAAAGAUAUAUUACUACAUCCGCUUUGCUCCGCGUUUUUGUUUAUGAAAUGGAGGAAGAUAAGGAAGUUUUAUUUGGCGAGGCUAAUAUUUUGUUUUCUUUUUGUAUCAUUCCUGUCCAUUUACGUGUUGACGGCUGUCGUCAAGACUUGCAAGGGUAAAUAUGCUGAGAAGUAUGGUGUGUUAAACGAACUUUGUCAAAAGCAAUCUCUGUUAGGUUUGAUCCUUACUAAUAAUCCUAUCGAGUUUGAAAGAUGGGUUUUAAUGGCCAUUACAGCAUUCGAGAUACUUCGGAAGCUGACAGGUAUAACUGGGUAUUCAAGUUUCUAUCAAUACUUUACCACAUUCGAGAAUUUGAUGGAAUGGUUUGUCUUGCUGUCUGUGUUUUCUCUUUACAAAAUACAUAAUGAUUACAGCUGGCAGAACCAUGUGGGAGGGUAUGCGGUGUUAGGAGCUUGGACUAACUUGAUGCUAAUGAUGGGUCAACUUCCAAUGUUCGGUGAUUAUGUCGCCAUGUACCAAAAAGUUUUAACAGAGUUCUUGAAACUACUGCUGGCUUAUAUUUGCCUUCUCUUAGGCUUCACAAUCUGCUUCUGCGUUGUAUUUCCAAACGAGGAGAUGUUUUCGAACCCUUUGAUGGGUUUCAUCAGUACAUUAUCAAUGAUGGUAGGAGAGUUAAAUUUGAACAUCUUGAUCAAUGAUCCAACGAAAGAUGACCCGCCAUUGAUAUUCGAAUUAUCCUCACAGAUUAUUUUCAUUCUAUUCCUUAUGUUCGUCACUAUAAUUCUGAUGAACUUGCUCGUUGGUAUUGCUGUCCACGACAUUCAAGGUUUGCGUAAGACCGCUGGUCUCUCCAAAUUAGUCCGUCAGACCAAACUGAUCUUGUUUGUAGAAAUGGGUAUGUUCAGUGCUUGGCUUCCGAAAUGUCUUCACAAAUAUGUGUACAGAACUGCACUGGUGUCACCAGAAGCCGGCAAAGUAAUUUUAAGUGUGAAACCUUUAAAUCCUAGAGAAAAGAGAUUGCCUACAGAUAUAAUGAUGGCUGCAUACGAAUUAGCGCAGUUGAAUAAAGUGAAAUCGGGAAGGUCUAUCAAAGAGAUUUUAUAUAAAAACAAGUAUACAUCGAAAUUGAAGAAUGAAGGUCAAUUUGCUCCUGACCAUAACUUCAGUUUAGAGAUUAGAGGUAUGCAAGAGAAGAUAGAUCAGGCUACGUUUAAUAUGAAGAAGAUAGACCAAGAGAUACGGCAUUUGAACACACUGUUAAUGGAUCAGCAGACUCUAUUACACAAUUUCUUUAAAAAUACUGAUAUUAUCCCAUAUAAGGCUCCUCACACGGCUACUCCUAUAUACUCACCAGAGUCUCCAAUAUUUUUCACUAAUACCAGUCAGAGUCAGUAUUCAGAAAACAGUACUAAAUGA